UUAUUUACACAAAAAAACUACUCAAAAAGUAAGUGCCUCUGCAGCGGCCACCCAAAUUUCCCCACAAUGACCACCAUGAAGCUGUCAGACUUCGCCAAGGGACUGGAGACCUUCUCCCACUGCAUGCACGACCAUCUGAACCACCUCAAUCCCGACCAGAACCUCAUCUUCUCUCCCCUGUCCAUUCGGAUGGCGGUGGGCAUGCUGCGGAUGGGAGCGGACCCAGAGUCAGCCACAGCCCUGGAGUUGGACCAAGGACUCCAGUUCGGCGAGAGCUCUGUCUCACAGACAGCCGAUAACUUCGAAGCAGUCAUGAAAGCCUUCGAUCCCUGCCAAAUCCUAAAGAUGGCCAACAGGCUCUACAUAAUGGAGGGUCAAACGAUAGCCGCGGAAUUCGAACGAGUCCUGGGUGAAAAGUUCCACUCCACACCGGUCUCGAUCGACUUCACCAGCGGUACGGCGGAACGCACCAUCAACUCCUGGGUCGAGACCCAAACCAAUAACAAGAUCAAGAAGCUCAUUGAACGGGGGUCCCUGGGCGCAGACAGUCGACUGGUCCUGAUCAAUGCCAUUCACUUCAAGGGAGAGUGGUCGAUUCGGUUCGACGAGAAGAUGACCCAGGAGGACAAAUUCUACCCGACGUCCGGCACCGCUGUCAAGAUUAGCAUGAUGAACCAACUGGAGAAGUACGCAUUCGCAGAACUGCCCGAUCUGGAGGCGACUGCGCUGAAGAUGAACUACAGCGCUUGCAACCUGUCCAUGAUUAUCAUUCUGCCGAAUCAGAACUCAGAUCUCGCCACCUUGGAGGGCAAGCUGUCGGGCAUGUCCCUUGAAACCAUAGUAUCCGCCAUGUCCGUCGUGAAAGUGGCAGUCAAGAUCCCCAAAUUCAAGGCUGAGUUCUCACAGGAGCUAGCCGGGGUCUUUAAAAUGAUGGGCAUGAAACGCAUAUUUAGCGAAGCAGCUGAAUUUGGGAGAAUGCUGGAUCCCCCGACUGAACUCACAGUCUCUAAAAUUAUUCACAAGGCUUUCAUCGAAGUUAAUGAAUUGGGAACUGAAGCAGCCGCUGCAACUGCUGUCGUCUUGAUGGUCAGAUCCCUACCCGCUCCUGAGCCCCAUCAGGUUUUCAUCGCCAACCGACCAUUCUUCUAUGCAAUUUGCGACAACACCCAUGGUUUCCUUUUUGUGGGUCACUUCACAUCUCCACCUGGCCCGUCAUCCCAUAAAUGCGGCAAGUGUGAUACUGAAACCUCCUGCAAAAAAUGUGAAACCUGCACGAAAUGCAAAACAAAGCCGAGUAAAUCCCCCGACGAAACGGCAUACCAGAGCGAUUUAGUAAACGCUUUUCGUGGAGCUUGCUGGCUGCUCUUCCUGCUCAUCCCCCUCCUCGCCCCAGUCCACGCCUCGCCCCCAGCACCCAUCAUGGCUGAUGCCGCCAAGCAGGAGUUCGCCCGCCGUCUGGCCCUCUUCUCCAUCAAUGUGUACGGCAAGCUGGCCUCCCUGAAGCCCGGCGAGAACUUGGUCUUCUCGCCCUUUUCCAUCCAGACGUGUGCUGCGAUGGCCCGUUUGGGAGCUGAAGGCGAGACCGCCGCCCAGCUGGACCAGGGACUGGGCCUGGCCUCCGGCAAUGCGGAGCAGAUUGCCAAGAGCUUCAACCAAGUACUGGCCACCUACCAGGACAGUCAAAUCCUGCGCAUUGCCAACAAGAUCUUUGUGAUGGACGGCUACUCGCUGGCCCCCCAGUUCGAUCAGCUGCUGAGUAAGGAGUUCCUGUCGGCGGCACAAAACGUCAACUUCGCCAGCAGCGCCCAGGCGGCGGCCACCAUCAACGGUUGGGUGGAGGAGCGCACGGACCACCUCAUCAAGGACCUGAUUCCGGCAAGCGCCCUGAACGCCGACUCGCGUCUGGUCCUGGUCAAUGCCAUCCAUUUCAAGGGCAGCUGGGUGCACCAGUUCCCCAAGUACGCCACGCGGCCGGACACCUUCCACCUGGACAACGAGCGAAGCAUCCAGGUGCCCAUGAUGAGUGUUAAGGAGCGUUUCGGCUACGCCGACCUGCCGUCGCUGAAUGCCGCCGCCCUGGAGCUGCCCUACAAGGACUCGGAUCUAUCCAUGUUGAUAAUCCUGCCCCACAGCAAGACAGGUCUGCCCGCCCUGGAGGAGAAGCUGCGCUCCACGCCGCUCUCGGUGAUAACACAGGCCCUGCACAAAACCCAAGUGCAGGUGAAGCUCCCCAAGUUCAAGGCGGAGUUCCAAGUAGAACUGACAGAGGUGUUCCGAAAGCUCGGCAUGUCGAGGAUGUUCACCAACGACGCGGAGUUCGACAAGAUGCUGGAGACUCCCGAGCCACUCCGGGUGUCGGCCAUCAUCCACAAGGCCUUCAUCGACGUCAACGAGGAGGGCACUGAGGCUGCGGCUGCCACGGGCGCCGUGGUGCGUAUGAAGCGCAGCAUUAUGUCGCUAGAGGAACCGAUUGAGUUCCUCGCCGAUCAUCCAUUCACUUAUGUCCUCGUCCAUCAGGAGGAGAUACCCAUGUUCUGGGGGUCUGUUCUGCGGCUCGAAGAGACGGCCUCCGAUCCCAGCGAGCAUGAAGAGCUGUGAUAAUACCUCAUUUUACUUUCACCAAUAAAGGCAGCUACUUUUUUAAUAAGAA